GGGCCUCUCUAGCCCUCUGGAGGACUUGCCGUCUGUUUCCGGAGGCGUCUGGCGCCAGUAGGCGGGUCUGACGUGAGGAGCCACGCUGAGUGGGCUGCUCAGUCAGCGCUGCUUUAGGCUCCGGUGUUUUGGCAAUGGGGCUGCAGGAGUUGUGCAGACUCAUGUCGAGGUUUAAUUCAUACAAAAGGACUAAUAUCAUACUGCAGCAUUUGAAAAUGUCUAAUCACACAGAUGCAGCAGCAGAAGUCCUGUUGGAAAGAAAAGGUUGUGCAGGAGUGAUAACACUGAACAGACCAAGGUUUCUGAAUACACUGACUCUUAAUAUGAUUCAGCAGAUUUACGCACAGCUAAAGAAGUGGGAACAAGAUCCAGAAACUUUCCUGAUCGUCAUAAAGGGAGCUGGUGAAAAGGCUUUCUGUGCUGGAGGUGAUAUCAGAGCACUCUCAGAAGCUAGAAAUACAAACCAGAAAAUGCUUCAAGAUUUAUUCCGAGAGGAAUAUAUUCUGAACAACGCCAUUGAUUCUUGCCAGAAACCGUAUAUUGCACUUAUUCAUGGAAUUACAAUGGGUGGGGGAGUUGGUGUCUCAGUUCAUGGGCAAUUCCGAGUGGCUACUGAAAAGUCUCUUUUUGCAAUGCCUGAAACAGCAAUAGGGCUAUUUCCUGAUGUGGGUGGAGGUUAUUUCUUGCCACGACUUCAAGGAAAACUUGGGUACUUCCUUGCAUUAACAGGAUUCAGGCUGAAAGGAAGAGAUGUGUACACAGCAGGAAUUGCUACACACUUUGUAGAUUUUGAAAAGUUGGGCAUGUUAGAAGAAGAUUUGUUAGCCCUGAAAUCGCCUUCAAAAGAAAAUAUUGCAGAUGUCUUAGAAACUUACCACGCAAAGUCAAAGACUGAUCAAGACAAGCCUUUUAUACUUGAGGAACACAUGGACAAAAUAAACAGUUGGUUCUCAGCUAAUACUGUGGAACAGAUUGUUGACAAUUUACAGAAAGACGGUUCAUCUUUUGCCCUGGAGCAGCUGAAGGUAAUUAAUAAAAUGUCUCCAACUUCGCUAAAGAUCACACUAAGGCAACUCUUGGAGGGGUCUUCAAAGACCUUGCCGGAAGUAUUAACUAUGGAAUAUCGGCUGAGUCAAGCUUGUAUGGCCAUGACUUUCAUGAAGGCGUUAGGGCAGUUUUAAUAGAUAAAGACCAGAGUCCAAAGUGGAAACCAGCUGACCUAAAAGAAGUUACUGAUGAAGAUUUGAAUGAUUACUUCAAAUCUCUGGGAAGUAAUGAUUUGAUAUUUUGAAAUGAUUGGAUUUUUAAAUAUUAUUUUGGAGCAGAGGUUGCCAAACUAUGGCACAUGGGCCAAAGCCAAGCUGCUGCCGGUUUUUUUAUGUAUCGCUCAGCUAAAAAUGGUUUUUGCCGUUUUAAAUUUGGGAGAAAAGAAAUCAAAGACCAGUAUGGCAUGUCAUGUGAAAAUUACAUGAAAUUCAAAUGUCAUUAUCUAUAAAUAAAACUUCAUUGGAACAUG